GUGGGGGGGUGGCCUCUCAGUUUGCGCACCAGGACAGGCCCGCCGAGAGGAGGGUGGGAGUUCCCGCAAGCCGUCGACGGUUGGUCUGUCUCAUGUAUCCUCAAUUGGUCUGGGAAUCCUGAACUUUCUGCCUCCAUCAAGUUCUGGGAUUAGAGGCAUGCAGCACCUUAAUGAUGGAAGAGCUAGAGCAAGACCUGUUGCUGCAGCCAUGGGCGUGGUUACAACUUGCAGAGAACUCACUCUUAGCCAAGGCUUCUAUCACCAAGCAUGGUUAUGCCUUGCUGAUUUCGGAUCUUCAACAGGUGUGGCAUGAACAGGUGGACACUUUGGUGGUCAGCCAGCGAGCCAAGGAGCUGAACAAGCGCCUCACUGCCCCCCCUGCAGCUUUUCUCUGUCACCUGGAUGAAGUGCUUCGCCCGCUGUUUGAAGGUUCUGCUCACCAGGAUGCUGCCCACCCCAGCAAAGCCACUUUCUCCUGUGAUCGAGGAGAGGAGGUACUGAUUCUGCGGGUGCAGAGUGAGCUCUCUGGUCUUCCCUUCAAUUGGCAUUUCCACUGUAUUCCAGCCUGUUCUUCACUGGUCUCUCAGCAUUUGAUUCAUCCUCUGAUGGGUGUGAGCCUGGCACUGCAGAGUCAUGUGAAGGAGCUAGCAGCAUUGCUUCGGAUGAAGGACCUUGAGAUCCAGGCUUACCAGGAGAGUGGGGCUGUGCUGAGCCGAAGUCGAUUGAAGACAGAGCCAUUUGAAGAAAAUUCUUUCUUGGAACAGUUUAUGGUAGAGAAAUUGCCAGAGGCAUGUGCUGUUGGUGAUGGAAAGUCAUUUGCCAUGAAUCUGCAGAGUCUGUACAUGGCAGUUACAAAACAGCAGAUCCAAGCAAGGCAGGUGCAUAAAGGAGAGACUCAGACAUCGAGCAGCACCUCCCCUCGAGGAACUGAUAAGCAGCUUCUGAACCAGCCAGAAGAGCCGGUCUCCCUCCCUUCAACCCUCUCAGAGCCUGAAUAUGAGCCCGGGGCUGCUUCGGGCCCUAUGCAUAGAGCUCAGCUGGUAAAGUCCAAGAGGAAGAAGCCCAGGGGACUCUUCAGUUAGCUCUCCAUGUCUCAGCCACCAAGAAGAGAGCAAAACCGCUUCCUAGCAUCACCUGGAAGGAGCUUGCAUGGCAGAGUGUCCCUCAGAGGCCUGAGUUUGUGUUGACAGGCCACCUGGAUGGGGACUUUACCAGGGGAAGCCUAACUCCAACUCACUGGCAUUCCGGAUAUGAGUGACAACAGUUCUUUCUCUAGAACUAGCACCCUAUGGCGAACUUCGAUACAUGAAGCAAGUUUACAAAGAGGCGCAUGCCCAGAACACCUAGCUGCCUCUCACAGGGGUCUCUCACCAGUCCGACAUGCCCCUUAGCCCCUUAGAAAACUGUUCCCCCCUCAACACAGAAUAAAGGAUGCUCACACUCCU